AUGGUCGCCCUGAGGCGAUUUUUCCAGGCGGAAAGAGGAUUGUCGAUGGACCACAGUGAAAGGGAGUCUCGGGCAAGCAGCUUACUGCAAAGCGAUCCUCACUCCGCAAACGUCUCGCAGCCAUUAGAUGGGCAAAAUCGCUUCCAGCAAAUUGAGAAACAAUUUGAAAUCAUGCACGACCAAUUGCAGACACAACCGUUGUCCCCUCACUCUCACGUCCCGCCAUCUCGUGGUUCAACACGGCCCAAAGAGCGCAACCCCGGCCAUGUGGAUUUACUCGAUGCCUUGUUUUCCUCACAUCGGUACCACAUCCAGUCUACGACCACAUUGUCACCCAUAACCCCAUACAAUGAGGACAUUGCCGAGCGGAACAUGACGCGGUUCCUUCAAGGACAACCGCGCAAGAAAAACGUGUACACGCGGUUUUUGUCCGCUUUGUAUCAGGAGGACGUGGCGGAAAGAAAUAUGACGAAAAGCCGGAGAAGAAGCCGUUCAUUGUCGCGCACAAGGGACGGCCAGUCUCGGGGCCAGGACAAUGCCGGUUCGCAUUCUAGAUCGAGGGCUGGGGACAGUCGAGGGACGGAGCUCAACUCGCGGGAAAUUACGAGUCCUAUGUCCAUGAAUGAUGCUGAUAGACACGCCUCCAGCGCAAGAGAACGGAUACUGAGUGGAAAGAGUUCUCUGAGACACCAAAAGUCCGCACCGAACUUGUCCGCUGAGCGAGCAGGUGCAUCCCAAGGGGCUGCUGGAUCAAACCCUGGUGGUCAUCUCAGCGUGCCUCCAGCCCACAAACAAGGAGACACCUGGAGAAAUACUCCUCUUCCCGAUAGCCCGACAAUACCCGUUGCGAUGAGACAAGACAAAAACAUGAACGAAAACCACCCAAUAUACAAUAGAUAUCGGGGCUCGGGUUAUUCACGCCCAUCACUUCAUCGUGGCCCUCUUAUAACUCCUCGACUGGGCUCCAAAAAGAAUGUCCGAGAUCUUUCUAUCAACACGGAACUGGCAGCCCUCGGCCGAUCAGCCGCGAAAAUCUCCCAUCGUGCUAUACAACCCCCCACCCCAAACACUCUUGAGAAACAAAACCCAAGCAUUGCCGAAGUUAUGAACAGUCCCCUGCCAGCAGGUACCCCUACGUCCAUAUCUCCGCUCCCCACCUCCAACCAGAAGGUUGCCGAGAUCAUGGAGAUGUUUAGACAAGCAUAUAGCACAUCUCAAGCUAUCACUCCUCAUCCCACUUUCGAGACCCUUCAAGACGCCAUCAUCCGGGAAAUCAACUCCCAUGAGGCUUUUAACCGGGUGCCUCCUCCAGAACGAGGCCCUCCUUUCACUCCUUCACCAUCACAAGACACUUUCGAGCCAGACCUUGACAUCAGAAGAGCUCCAGGCGGCGGACGGAGCAGAAGCAGCUCGCUUAAGGAUGGCCAAAUUUCCAAGCUGAUCAGGCGAGGAUCUUUCAAGAAUCAUUCUAGAAGCAAGAGCUCGGAGACACGCAAAAGUAAAUCUAGCAGUGUCUCCCCAAAGAUCUUCCGACGAAGGCAUACUGAUGCUCCGCCGCCUUCCCCCGGAUUUUUGGACACCUUUGAAACAAAGAAAGAUGGCCGCGAGGAACAAGUAACUUACAUGGACCUACUGUCUCGUUCCGAGAAGCUCUCCCCCAAUUCUGAACCCGAGAGCACUCUCUCCCCUCCCCAAAUGCCAGAGCGCUCAAAAACCGCACCUUCUGUGCUACACCUUCGCGCACAAACGUCAGCCUCGUCCUCUGAGAGCUGGAACAGCCUCUCUGUCGAUGAUAGCGAUGAAGAGGUAAUCCAACUACCCAGCGUUGAUAUCCCAUACGUUCAGAUCCAAGGCGUGGACGAAAACAGUGUGUCCUAUGUUACCGGCCAGACACCACCGCAGGAUGCAUAUAGGCUGAUGAAUUGGCCUCGAAAGUCGCGCAAGAGCAUCAGUCUCAAAAACAGACCUGGCAGCAAUCAUUCUCAGCCUACCCCUAAGCUAGAGCACCAUGUCCGUGGAAUGCGCUCAGUGGAAUCCUAUUGA